GAUCCUGCUGUCCAACUCAGCCGUCUUUACCGUCAUACUGUUGAUCUUACUAAACGCCUCAAAGAAUCUGAACGUCAUUUGGCUUCCGUAGCCCGUCAACAUGAGGAUCGUAUUGAAGAAUUACAACAUAAAUUGGAUGAAACAAAAGCAGAUUUAGCAACUAAAAAACGUGAAAUUCAGGAUCAUAAAAGCAAAGAAAAGACGAAUUUGCAUCAAAUUUCUGCAUUGGAGGGAGAGAUACAGAAAGUGGGAAAGAAUUUAUCUAGCCAAAAGCAACUUUAUAGUCAUCUUAAGAGACAAUAUGAAGAACAAUGCGAGGAAGCCGAAAAGUUGAAAGAUCUUGUACGAAUUAAGGAAGAAGAAUUGUCUAAUACGGAACGAAACCUUACAUUCUUUUCUAUGGAAAGACGAGCGUGGACUGAAGAUCGAGAGCGUUUGGAAUCUGCAUUGAUAAAGUUAGAAAAGAAUGCAGAAGCUGCUCAACAACACGAGAACGAACUUGUAAGACAACGAGACGAGAAUUUGUACUUAAAAGAAACGAUUGAUAAAUUAAAACUCGAUUUAGAGGAAAUUCGAAGUAGCAGAGGACUGAAUACCAAUAAAAAAUAUCCUUCUUAA